UAAAACAAUGAUGGACGGUGGUGAUGUAAAACCCAUCUUAAUAGGUAGCCCUUCAAAAUCCGAAUAUGUAUGUCCUAAAGAUUUUCUCUUAUCAUGGGAUUCUGAUGUUUUGGAAUUAGUAAAAUACAAGCCUCAAAAUGAAACUGAGAUGAUGAACAAUAUUGCCUCUACCAUGUCAAUUCCAGAAGAAACUGUCAAAGAAUUGAGUGAAGUCUGCGGGAAAGAAACUUUGCUAACAGGAAAGGAGCCGAAACACAAAGUGAAUCUCUACCAACUGAAUGACGUACCUGAGGGAGUAACCCUGGAAUGUGUCAAACACCAGAUGGACCAGAAGCAGUUGAGACGAGACAACAUCAAUUACAAGCUGGCUUUUCAAAGGAAAGUCAAGUACAGUUUUGUGGAUGAGUUUAUUGGGACAUUUUGUUCCAGCGCAGAGCCAGAGGAUGUAGAGUACCGUGUCCCUACCCCUAAUGUGGUACUCACUGUUCAGGUGACACGAUGUCUAAUGAUGGGAGUAGUCACUAACAAGCUGAAAGAGAGAGAGACUUACUUGGUCCUCGGCAGUCAAAAACUGUCAGAACUUCGGGACAAGAUCCAGUGUGCCACUGAUGCCAUGAUACCAGGGGACUACAGCUCUUACCCAGAGGUGGACGUCAGCAAACUACAGAAGGCUGGGGAUAUUUACAAGUCCAGUUGUUUUUUCAUUGAAAAUGUUUUCUACAACGACACGAGAUUACCUGACAACAAAGAUUACUCCAAGCCUAUCAUUCAGUGGGCCAAAGAUCACAUGCCUGACCAGCACAUGACCACAGACAACAUGCAGGACACGAGCUUUUUUGACCUGAAGAUUAGGAUGGGCCACAACUAUCUGUUCUUACACCAAGGCAACUGUGAGCAUGCUGUUCUCUUCACUGAUAUGAGGCUGUUUAAUGUGGAUGACGUCCAGGAUAUCCGACAGUAUCCAAUAGUGGCAGUCACCAGAGUCAACCAGAGAGCCAUGUGUCAGGGUUGUACCAAGAUGUCAACCAAAUGGGUGGUGCGUGACUCCCCCCUGAUCCCAACAGACCCCUGUUUUCUCUGUGCCCAGUGCUUCAAGCUGCUCCUCUACACCAAGGAUGGCAAGAAGGUCUCCAACUUUAAGGCUCACCAUUUCUGUAGCUUUUACGCACCACGCUAGAUCUGGGGAGCACGCUGGAUUAUGUUUGCUAUUUAUUUACUGGAAUCAUGUUGAUGUACAGUUUUGUUAAUCGAAUCAAUACAUUCAUUUUUUAUCA